AUGCUGAGGACGCGGAGUCUCCAGGGGGGCUCCAAACAUUGCAAGUACAGCAUCUCCUCCAGCUGUAGCUCAGGCGAAUCCGCCAUCCGCAAACCAGUGGUCAAAGGCCUCCGGACUCAAAGGAAGAUGCCGCAGCUGUUCGAAAGGUCGGCUGGACAUUUCUGGAACCCCAAGUUUGACUCCAACAUUCUGGAGGAAGCCUGCCGCGAGCGCUGCUUCCCUCAAACGCAACGGCGUUUCCGCUGUGUGUUGUUUUACUUGGUGGCCGCCAGCCUCCUCUGGGGGUUGUUCUUCAUCGCUAAUGCUAAUCGAUGUGAACGGACUGCCUUCUUAUUGCCCACGGCCGCCUUCCUACUCCUCUGUUCUGUCCUGUUCGCCUUCACGUUCACCCGGUUCUACGUCCACUGCUACAAUCAAGCCUCGCUGUUGCUCAUCGUGGUGACAUUUGCCCUCACUCUUGCACCUCAGAUCCAGACUUCAGGCUUUAGUGACUUUAAUGUUCCUUCUUUGAAGGAUGAAGAGGACGCAGGCGACUUCAGUGGCACAGAGGAUAAAAACCUGACGUUUGAAGCCACCCGCAGUGGAGGUCCAGUUGCUCCUUGUUUGUCCCCAGUUGGCACCUUCUCUCUAGGCAUGGAGGUGCUUUCGUUGCUCUACAGUUUCCUCCACGUCCGUUUGUACGCUUCGCUCCUGCUCGGCUUGCUCUACUCAGUGCUUUUUGAGACUCUUGGCUGGAUGCAUUUGAUUCAAGGCAAUGGCUGGAGGAACUCCACUGAGGAACAUUUGGAAACGCUCUACUGGCUGAUCCCAGGAAGGGUCAUUUUGCAUCUCUGCGCCCACGUCAUUGGCAUCCACCUUUUUAUUAUGUCCGAAGUGCGUUCACGCAGCACGUUCCUCAAGGUCGGCCAAGCCAUCAUGCAUGGGAAAGACUUGGAGGUGGAAAAGGCCCUGAAGGAGCGGAUGAUCCACUCGGUGAUGCCUCGUAGGGUGGCUGAUGAGCUCAUGAAGCAGAGCGAUGACGACAAUGACAAUUCAGUUAAGCGCUACUCGACGGGAGCGGUCAUUGCGGGUGCCUCCAGCCCAAGGAGCACCAAACGCAAGAAGACAUCGAUACCUCGAGGCCAGAUCAUCUUUCGGCCGUUCAACAUGAAACGCAUGGAGCCGGUCAGCAUCCUGUUCGCGGACAUUGUGGGAUUCACCAAGAUGAGCGCCAAUAAGUCGGCGCAUGCCCUAGUGGGACUCCUCAAUGACUUAUUCGGACGCUUCGAUCGCCUGUGUGAGCUCACGUGUUGCGAGAAGAUCAGCACGCUGGGAGAUUGUUACUAUUGCGUGGCUGGUUGUCCUGAACCAAGAGAAGACCAUGCAUACUGCUGUGUAGAGAUGGGGCUUGGGAUGAUCCAGGCCAUUGAGCAGUUCUGUCAAGAAAAGACUGAGAUGGUGAACAUGCGUGUUGGCGUCCACACUGGCACCGUGCUUUGCGGGAUCCUCGGCAUGAAGCGCUUUAAGUUCGACGUCUGGUCCAACGAUGUCAACCUAGCCAAUCUUAUGGAGCAGUUGGGUGUUGCCGGGAAGGUGCACCUUUCGGAGGCCACGGACAAGUUUUUGGAUGACCGGUAUUUGCGAGAAGACGGGCGAGUUACAGAAAGGAUCGGACCAAGUGUGGUUGUAGAUCAGCUUAAAGGUUUUAAGACGUAUCUGAUAUCCGGGAGGAAGGUGAAGCACACCCAGUGGAGCUGCCCUCCAUCUGCUCUGGUGGCUCCUGAGCUCAGAAAGUCUCUCAGCGCCUCGUCCUUCAGCCACAGCCCUGACAUCACAUCCUCGGCCUGCGCUCUGACCCCUGCCCCGGACAGAGCUAAGUCUGCCUGUCCCUCGUGUGGUGCGUUAACUUCUGAAGACGGGGCGGUUCACAGCAACAGCUGCUCAGAUCCUGAUCACAAAACCGUCAACAGCAAGGGACCGCCUGGCAGGAGUCCCAAGACCCUUAAUGGCCUGUUAAGCCCUCAUCUGGAGCAGCCACUGACACACAGCCAGACCUCUCUGUGCGAGAUGCUGCAGGAGAAGGAGAAGAAGUGGCCCGGAGGAGGAGGAGGCAUCUGCAGCAUGGGAACCAUGGAUCACUCCGCCCUCAUCCCACUGCGCUCCAAAAACUUCCGCGAGAGGAGCGACGCUCACUUCGUGGACGUGAUAAAGGAGGACAGUCUGAUGAAAGAUUACUUCUUCAGACCGCCCAUCAACAGGUUGAGCCACACUUUCAUAGACAAAUCCCUGGAGUCGGCUUACAGGACCAGCUACCAGGAUGAGGUUAAGACACAGGCUCCUGUCCAGACGUUUGCCAGUCCAACAUUCAGCUCUUUCCUAGACAUGCUCCUGUGCUGUUGUGUUCUCCUGGCUCUCUCUGUGGCCUGCCUCCUGCGACCGCUGGUUACCCAGCAGCCCCUGCCCACACCUGCCCUCAUAGUAGCCGCAGUUGCAGCUGUGCUUGAAUGUUUGGCCCUAGUGCUGGCAAUACGGCGAGCCUUUUACCUGGACAGAGUCCUGAACUGCACCAGGACCCUCCUCUGGGCCAUUUCUGGCUGGGUUCCCCGUCACAUGAUUGGAGCGGUGCUGGUGUCUUUACCCGCCGUGGCUGUGUUUUCUCAUAUCACCUGCAAUAUGCAUGACUCCAUACAGUUCACCAUGUUCACCUGCUGUGCUGUCAUAAUUGCCAUCAUCCAGUACAGCAAUUUCUGCCAGCUCAGUUUCUGGAUGCGUUCAAGCCUGGCGACGCUUGCGGGACUCACCUUUCUCAGUGUGCUCUGGAGCCCCCCUUGCAGCACUUGGGAACGUUUAUUUGUGAGAUCCAGUGACUUCAACAGCAGCUUUAAUGACGUCCAAUCCCCUGCAGAAGAUUCAACCCGACCGCAGGACCUGCUCGGCCCAGAAGCUUUGGUUGCCUUCUUCCUAUUGCUCCUCCUCGUUUGGUUCCUAAACCGUGAGUUCGAGGUGAACUACCGUCUACACUACCACGGCAACGUGGAAGCAGACCAGCACCGCAUAAAGAUCCAAAACAUGCGGGACCAGGCCGACUGGCUCCUGCGCAACAUCAUCCCCAUCCACGUGGCCGAGCAGCUGAAGGUGACCCAGAGCUACUCGAAGAACCACGACAACGUGGGCGUCAUCUUCGCCAGCAUCGUCAACUUCAGCGAGUUCUACGAGGAGAGCUACGAAGGCGGGAAGGAGUGCUACCGUGUCCUGAAUGAACUUAUCGGGGACUUCGACGAACUCUUGCGCAAAUCUGACUUUUCAAAUAUCGAGAAGAUCAAGACGAUUGGCGCCACCUACAUGGCGGCGUCGGGGCUCAAUACACAACAGUGUAGCGAUCAAGCCCAUCCGCAUGCCCACCUGCGAGCGCUCUUCCAAUUUUCUUUGGAAAUGAUGCACGUGGUGGACGACUUUAAUAAAAACAUGCUUGGCUUUAAGUUCAAGUUGCGAAUCGGGUUCAACCACGGACCUCUUACCGCUGGAGUCAUCGGUACCACAAAGCUACUCUACGACAUCUGGGGCGACACGGUGAACAUCGCAAGCCGGAUGGACACGACUGGCGUGGAGUGUCGCGUUCAGGUUAGCGAGGAGAGCUACUGCGUGCUCAGUGGAAUGAACUACGAGUUCGACUACCGUGGUACCGUCAACGUGAAGGGCAAGGGUCAAAUGAAGACCUACCUUUACCCGAAGAACUCAGACAGCGGACCUGUACCUCAAUACCAGCUCUCUGUCUCUCCGGAAAUCCGAGUGCAGGUGGAUGGCAGCAUCGGACGCUCGCCCACCGAUGAAAUCGCCAAUAUGGUCCCAGCGGCCAGUGCUACUAAAGUAGGCGCGUCGUUUUCUGUGAGCUCAGGACUCACCGGACAGGGAUUUGCUGGUAGAGACUUUCCCGAGAAGACUGGAAGCAAUGGUACGUCGAAGACUCAACGAUCUGCGUCUGCUGUUGGCCUGACUUGCAUACCGGAAACCAGCUUGAGCGCAAGUCCAGCGGUUUUCGGUAAACCACCGGACCUGACUUUGACCUCUCCUCCUGUCCGGGUGGAAAACGCAGAGGUUGUUGCAAAAAUGGAGGGAGAAAUUGCGUACAUGGGCGAAAUGACAAAACUUUGACUUGAAACAAGCCAACAUUGUUGUCGCUGUUGGUUUUAACCCUUUAAACACAGGCUCUCCAUUGAGUUUGUCGGGAUAGGCGAGUUUAGGGAUGUAUGCUAGCGUAGAUUUGCGUCUGUGUAUGUGGAAAGUUUAAGCACACAACCUUGAAGUGUUUAUAGCGCUAGCCGAACCAGGAGAUACUUCCACAUCUGGUUGGUGGUAGCCACAUGAACCAUUUCUACAUGGGAUACGAAAUGCAGAGGAGAUGCAUUUGGACGGCACAGACCUGAAGUCCCAUCCUUAAAUAGACCGCAGUUAUUUCCGCUAAUUUACUUUUGAAUAUUAUUUUCCUCUAGCUUCUACUAUAGGCUGCCUUUCGUGACUGGUUUUCUUUUAAUGAAGUGCCUUUAGGAUGAUAACAAUAUGUAUGAGGCAUUUUUCAAAAAGGUUUCUCAGUCAAUUCUUUCGCUGAAGAUCUAAAAGAUUUAGCAUGUACAUUUGAUGUUAGAAAGCGCUUUAAUUUUUGUGAAAGUAUUUGAUAUAUUUCUGAAUAUUUUUAGAUAAUUUGAGAAUAAGUUCUCUCAGUUGGACGUUCAUCAGCCAGUAUUCAAAACAAUUUUACAAAGCAAAACUCUGUAUUGCGAUGAUUGCUGUUUUAAAAAGACCCAAGAUAAAACCAUCGCGUUGAAUGGUGCAUGGCCAAAAGUGUCUGUGAAGAAGUAUUAGUGAAAUGUAGAGCAAGCUAUGGGCUAAAAUCACCAACAGUCAACAAUAUCAAACAUCUCUAGCGCUUUAUCUUGAUGCAUGUAUUCCUAAGUGUCUGAUUAUGGCCUUUCCGUCUCUUUUUUCGUGAUUUUUCCUAUUGCUCUUCAUUCUGCAGCUAAAUGCUUGGUUGGCUGACCGACUGAAAGUUCUAAGACGAUGUGCAAGUUUGCCUUAACGCUAAUGAGAUCAUAGUCUUAAAGGACAAAGAUGCAUUCAUGCAUUAGCUACUGUGACUUUCAGACUUUACACAAAAUAUUAUAUAAAAUAUAAAAAUGGGCAGUUAGCUUUAAGAUAUAGGAAGUUUGUUUACAAGUCAACAUAAAAUCAACACUGACCCCAUUUACAUUCCUAGUCUUAUUCUGGAUGAUUCAUUAGUGCACGUUGUUGUAAAAGCAAAAAUGUCUGUAAUCUUUCAUCAACAUUUAAACUUGCGCCACUUCUGAAAUGGCUUAUCGGCUGAUGUCACCUAGGCUGUGCAGGCAUGGAAAAUAAUGGUAAUCAGUAGCUAAAUAACAUUGUUUUGGGCUACUGUUGUAGGAGUGCAGCAAUCCAAUAUUAAACUGAUUAUGGCAAUAAUAGCAAGUAGGCCUAAUGAUAGAUUUGAAAACAACGCUUUAAAAUUGGACAAACUGGUCAAAAAUCUUCAAAAAUUUGGGGGAAAAAAGCUGGUAUCGUCUAC